UCACAAGUUCGUGGAGGUGUAGUCAUUCAAGGUAAAUGAAUCAACUGCAACAUUAGAAGCCAACUCACACACUAUUGUUAUGUAAACGGCUGUAUAAAAGGCGUCGAAGCCUCGCCUCCUCUGCAUUGUGUUUGCAGAGGAACAAAACCAGCCAUGGACAGAAAAGACAUUCAAACUAUUGUGGGGCUGAUGAUGCUGGUGGUGGCAUUGCUCAAUGUUCGUCCGAUGAUGGCUCACCUUCCCCCCGGUGCCUGCAUCGACCAUUGCCUGAAAGAGUGCAAAUCAAGUGGCAUCGGUAUUGCAGCCUGCAUCAAAUACUGCCCGGUGCAUUGUCUCCCUCCCGACACCACUGCCAAAGAUCAUUACUGUAACCUCGGAUGUAUGCUUGACCAAUGCGCCAAGUUCACUAGUGAUGAGAGGAGGAUGACCGACUGCGUGUUCAAAUGCCGUAAAUUCCACUGCAAGAUCAGGGCCAAGAUUGUAGAGUGAUUGUCCUGUGAUGAAAUAGUCAUCGCCCACAUAGACAUUAUUUAGUUUACCUUAGUGGUCUUCUCUGAUGUUUUUUUCUUUCAAAUAAAAUGUCUGUAAUGCACCUUCUUCUUGCUCCAUUUUCAAUCCCAAAUCUCUGCAGCAUA